AAACCAAACCCUUCUCCAAAACACACUCUGCGAAACAUCUGAAAGGCGUCUUAAUAAACGCCCAUCUCUCUUUCUUAGCAGAUUUCGUUAUCUUCGAAAAAUGAGAGAGUGCAUCAGCAUUCACAUCGGUCAGGCCGGUAUUCAGGUCGGUAAUGCUUGCUGGGAACUUUACUGCCUCGAGCAUGGUAUUCAGCCUGAUGGCCAGAUGCCAAGCGAUAAGACCGUUGGCGGAGGUGAUGAUGCUUUCAACACCUUCUUCAGUGAGACUGGUGCUGGGAAGCAUGUCCCCCGUGCAGUUUUUGUUGAUCUAGAGCCCACUGUCAUUGAUGAAGUCAGGACUGGGGCUUACCGCCAACUUUUCCACCCUGAACAACUCAUUAGUGGCAAAGAAGAUGCUGCUAAUAACUUUGCACGUGGACACUAUACAAUUGGCAAAGAGAUUGUCGAUCUUUGCUUAGAUCGUGUCCGAAAGCUUGCUGACAACUGCACUGGUCUUCAAGGUUUCUUGGUUUUCAAUGCUGUGGGUGGUGGCACUGGUUCAGGUCUUGGAUCCCUUCUGCUGGAACGUCUCUCAGUAGACUAUGGGAAGAAGUCCAAGCUUGGAUUCACUGUCUAUCCUUCUCCACAAGUUUCAACCUCUGUUGUUGAACCUUAUAAUAGUGUGCUCUCCACACACUCACUUUUGGAACAUACUGAUGUUGCUAUCCUUCUUGAUAAUGAAGCCAUCUAUGAUAUUUGCAGGCGUUCCCUUGAUAUUGAACGCCCCACCUACACCAACCUUAACCGCUUGGUUUCUCAGGUGAUAUCAUCACUGACUGCCUCCCUGAGGUUCGACGGUGCCUUGAAUGUGGACGUGACUGAAUUCCAGACUAACUUGGUCCCAUAUCCUAGGAUUCAUUUCAUGCUUUCAUCCUAUGCACCUGUCAUCUCAGCUGAGAAAGCCUACCAUGAACAGCUCUCUGUUGCUGAGAUCACUAACACUGCAUUCGAGCCUUCAUCCAUGAUGGCCAAGUGUGAUCCUCGUCACGGCAAAUACAUGGCGUGCUGCCUGAUGUACAGAGGUGAUGUGGUGCCCAAGGAUGUCAACGCAGCUGUGGCAACCAUCAAGACCAAACGCACCAUCCAGUUUGUUGACUGGUGCCCAACUGGUUUCAAGUGUGGUAUCAACUACCAGCCUCCGACUGUUGUUCCUGGUGGUGAUCUUGCCAGGGUGCAGAGGGCCGUGUGCAUGAUCUCAAACUCUACCAGUGUGGCCGAGGUGUUCUCUCGUAUUGACCACAAGUUUGAUCUCAUGUAUGCCAAGAGGGCAUUCGUGCACUGGUACGUUGGGGAGGGUAUGGAAGAAGGUGAGUUCUCCGAGGCUCGUGAGGAUCUUGCUGCCUUGGAAAAGGACUAUGAGGAAGUCGGUGGAGAGUCUGCUGAAGGUGAAGACGAUGACGAGGGAGAUGAGUACUGAGAAAAUCUUAUGUUCCAAAUUAAUGAUCAACUUGCUUUUUAAAUUGCUUUUAUGCUGUGAUGACGUUAUUGUUUCUUCUGGUCAUACGGCUGGAUUGAGUUCAUCAGUUGACGUCGAUGAUAUGAAUGUGUCCCCUUGUUGAAUAA